GCUCGUUGGGCCCAAUCGGGGGCACGUGCCGCUGAAACGGCCUGGCUGCUUAGCCAUUGGAGUUCAGGCUGGCGGACCCGCUGCAGAAGACGGCGACGGUGCUGCCGCCACAUCUCCCCGUUGCAGUUGCAGCCGCCUCCACUGCAGUUGCAUUUGGCAGCACCUGCCGACCGGGGGGCAGAAGCUAUGGCCAAAGCUCACCGCCACUAGCGCCUCUUCCACUUCCAGGUCAUGCUGUUUCCCCUGGCGCUUCAUUCGAGGCGACCUACGACAAAGGCAGCAUUCUGGGGCGAGGCGCCUCUGGCGUAGCGUUUGUGGUUAGACCCAGGAAGGAUCCAAAGGUCGAGUAUGUGGCCAAGGAAAUUUGCUUGAUGCGAUGCGAAGAGAAGCGGAGACGAGAGGCCUUCGCAGAGAGUCGACUGUUGAGGGAGCUACGGCACGACCACAUUGUGACCUGCCUCGACGUGUUCGAGGAAAUGGACAUGCUGUACAUUGUUAUGGAAUAUGCUACUGGGGGCGACUUAGGGCGUCGAAUACAGGCGCGGAAGACUGAAGGGGUCCGCUUCACCGAAGCCGUGAUCAUGCGAGUCUUUGCGCAAGUGAGUAGUGCAUUACAUUACAUCCACUCCCAGAAGAUCGUUCACCGCGACCUGAAGCCUGCGAAUAUUUUCAUCGCUGGAGAGGGAGAUUUGAGCUGCUGCACUGUGAAACUCGGUGACUUCGGCAUUGCCAAGAUGGUUGAAGGGACUAUGGGACAGGCCAACUCCACCGUGGGGACGCCUUCAUAUCUCUCGCCAGAGAUUUGCAAAAACAAUCCAUAUGGGGUCAAGGCUGAUGUCUGGUCUCUGGGGGUGGUCCUCUACGAGAUGUCUUGUUUGAAGGUGCCUUUCCAAGCGAGCAAUCUUCCAGCCAUGGCCUUGCAGAUUUGCACGAUGGACUUCAAGCCACUGCCCGAAGACUUCAGUUCGGACCUUCAUGCUUUGGUGAAUCAGCUGUUGCAGAAGGACCCAUUGAGGCGACCAGCCAUGUCUGCUGUGGUAGACGAGCCCUUUGUGAAGGCCUUCAUGGCAGAGUUUCCAGAAACUUUGAGCUUACCUUCCGGAGGUUGGCUCCCUCCAAAACUCCCGGGGAUCGAAGCCGAGAUGUUGGAAGGCGAGGGCUCCAGCAGCGGCUUCCACGAAAUCGAUUGGGAUCACAGGCGUCGAAAACGCCGGGGUCGGCCAUCAUUCAUAGAUGGCCAGGAGCCCGAUGGUGGCUACGUGCGAAGCCCGGCACGCUAUGCCAAUCGGCGCCGAGAAGAGGCCCAAUCUUCCCCAGAAAGCCACGGUGGUGCGAUGCCUCUGCCCUCGACGUCUGUGUUCACCCGUCCUGGUGCUCGUAGUGUUUCACCUACAGGCUCGAAUUCCGUGCCAGUGCCUGCUGGAAUGCGAACGUCGGGCAGCGCCCCAUCACUCCCUCCGCUACCGCCUUUGAUGGCGCAAUCACGGCGCGGGAGAAUCUCAAAUUUUUGAAGGAUUUUUCCGUUGGAAGUGCAACUGGACCGGGCACAGGGCCAGAUGGAUGAGCCUUUUG